AUGGAUUCAAGAUUCAUCCAUAUCGUUCCUUCCUCAAGCGUUAAUGGUAAUACUGAUCAGAAAGAGAAGUAUAGUGAAGAUGAAGAGAGAAGUAGUAAAUACUCUUUUGCGACUGCUCUAAGUAUGAGCGGGGGAGAUGGAGACAACAGUUACUCCACCAAUUCUCUUCUCCAGAGAAGAGUGUUAUCAAAGGCUAAGCCGGUCUUGGUUAAGAACACAAAGGAACUGAUAUUAAACUUGAACUUUCCUAAAUACAUCAAAGUAGCUGAUUUGGGUUGUUCUUCGGGACCAAACACGUUCUUGGCAAUGUCUGAAAUCAUCAAUACAAUCAAUGUGUUCUGUCAAAAAUGGAACCAAAACCCACCAGAGAUAGAUUGUUGCCUAAACGAUCUCCCUAACAACGAUUUCAACACGACGUUCAAAUUCAUACAUUCGUUCAACGAGAAGAACCUCGCAUGUAAAGGAUCGUAUUUUGUUUCUGGAGUCCCUGGUUCCUUCUAUUCCAGGCUCUUCCCUCGUAAGAGUCUCCAUUUUGUACAUUCCUCUUAUGGUCUCCAUUGGCUCUCUAAGGUUCCGGAAGGACUUGAGAAGAAUAAGAUGAGUGUGUAUAUCACAACUUCAAGUCCUCUAAGUACAUACAAGGCUUACUUAAACCAAUUCCAAAGAGAUUUCACGACGUUUCUAAAACUGCGUUAUGAAGAGAUAGUGCCAAAUGGAAUAAUGGUUCUCACAUUCCUCGGUAGAAACACUAUCGAUAAUCCACUGCAUAGAGAUUGUUGUCACUUUUGGACAUUAUUAUCCAAAUCUCUCCGUGACCUAGUAGCCGAGGGUUUUGUGAGUGCAUCGAAGGUGGAUUCUUUCUACAUGCCAUUUUACGACCCGAGCGAAAAAGAAGUGAAAGAGAUCGUACGGAAAGAGGGUUCCUUUGAGAUCAAAGAUUUAGUGACACAUGAAUAUGAUCUUGGCCAUUGUAACCAAGACGAGUCAAAGAGAAGUAAAUCAGGGAAAAACGAAGCCAAUUAUAUACGAGCGGUGAGUGAACCAUUGCUUGUGGCUCACUUCGGAGAUGCUAUUAUCAACACAUUGUUUAACAAGUUCGCACAUAACGUGUCUCAACAUGCCACUUGCAAGAACAAAACGACCGUUAGUCUAGUCGUUUCAUUGACUAGAAAAUAA